UUAUUUUAACUGUAGUUGUCAAGAGAUAAUUUUAUACUUAAGGAAAAAUAUUUUAAAAUAUUUAUAUUUUCACACAUAGCAAAAAAACAAAGAAUAUAAAAUAUUUCUGGCAGCUAUGUGGAAAGAAAUACUGAUAAUAUAAACUUUGCUGCACAGCAGAUAUAAACACACCCACAAGCAAAAGCAGAAACAAAGGCAACCGCUACUGGCUGAAUGCAUGCAGGCUUGUUGAUGAUUGAAGGGUGAGAAAAGGACGGUUUACACAUGCCCGAGCAGUUCCCCCCUCAAAAAAAAAAAAAAAAAUAGUUCUUCACACACCUCGGGUUAGCUGGAAUUAAAAACUUGGCAGAUGGGUGGCUGCCUAGUGCAAAGACCAAUGCAGCUUAACCUGAGUCAAUUACACGAAUAAAAACAAAACAAAAGAACCCUUUGUUGGUGAAGGUCCAGGAAGCCCGCGUCUAAGUGGUUCUAACGUGUGUCUGACUUUUGGCCUUUGCACCUGUGUUCCUGCAGGGAAGGCGGCCAUAUGGGCAAAUAUUGCGCGCGUGUGUGUGUAGCGCUGGUUAGAAAGCAGCUGCUUCCUCGUUUUACACGGCGCAUCCACUUGCUGAUGCACACCCGAACGCGCAUAUAGAGACUCGCUGGCAGUCGCCACUACCACUACCAGCAGCAGCAGCACCCAAAUCCCAUUGCAAACAAAGGGAGAUGACGGCGGAGCUGCUGGAGAGGUCUUUCGCCUCCUUCGUUUUGCAAGCGGCGACCGCCCGCAGCCCUUGGACUCUGCCUUUCCCUCUUCCUCCCCGUAGCUGUCCUCCUCCAUCCCGCAGGCGGUGGUAAGUCGGGAGUCAGGAUUCAGAGCAAGGCGAGAGGGACGUCGCCCGCGAGGGAGAAGAAGCGAGUGGGGCGAAACACACACACACUCUCUCUCUCUCUCUCACACACACACACACACACAUAUGCGCGCGCGCAGGGACUCACACAACCAAAACAAACCUCGCCCGCUUUCACCUCGGCUGAUUGUCAACAGAUCAUUUGCAAAAAAAAAUCCGAGAGCAGCAGCAGCAGCGGCGACGGCAACUGGCGGGGAAGCGGCGGGGGAAUUCCGGGCGCCUUUGUGCUUCCCCCGCCGGUGUUUAUGCUGAACGCGGUCUCGCCGAGUAAGCUUCAGAGAUGGAAGAACUUACCUAAGAAGGACCUAACUUACGAUAGCAGUCAACUUUAAUUCUCUUAAGGACUCUGGCUUUGCUGCUACUUCCUUAUCAGGAUGGCUGAAAAGGCUCCAGAUAUGAACAAAAAGUCAUCCAGGUCUACACAGUCUCUUCCACCAGAACCAGUGGACAUAAUCAGAAGCAAAGCAUGUUCUAGGAGAGUGAAAAUCAAUGUAGGUGGACUUAAUCAUGAAGUUCUAUGGAGGACUUUAGAUAGACUUCCACGGACACGUUUAGGAAAGCUCAGAGACUGCAAUACCAAUGACUCUUUACUAGAAGUAUGUGAUGACUAUAAUCUUAAUGAGAAUGAAUAUUUCUUUGAUAGACACCCAGGUGCUUUCACCUCUAUCCUGAAUUUCUACAGGACAGGAAAAUUACAUAUGAUGGAGGAAAUGUGUGCCCUCUCUUUUGGCCAAGAAUUAGAUUAUUGGGGGAUUGAUGAAAUAUAUUUAGAAUCCUGUUGCCAAGCAAGGUAUCAUCAGAAGAAAGAGCAAAUGAAUGAAGAAUUAAGGAGAGAGGCAGAGACAAUGAGAGAAAGAGAAGGUGAAGAAUUUGAUAAUGCUUGCUGCCCAGACAAAAGGAAAAAACUCUGGGACUUGUUGGAAAAACCCAAUUCAUCAGUGGCUGCAAAGGCUUUUAAACACAUCUGUAAGGAAGAAGGAAGUUUUGCAAACAGCCUGGUUGAAUUUGUGUGGAGCUUUAAAAGUCAAUUUAAACUGCCCAGAAGUUGAUGAAAUGUUUUAAAGACUGUCUUCCCUGUGGAUGAAAUUGAAACAUGGAAAACCAAAAAAGACUGCAGUGCCCUGGAAAAUUAAUUGUGCAAUGAAAUACAAGACAAUCUAGUGCAGGGGUGUCAAACUGCUGGCCUGCGGGCGGGAGGCAUCAUGGCAAAACCGCGCCCACCCCAUUGCCAGCAGUGGAAAAAAAGUUGUGAUACAUCACGACACAUUACAUGACGUUGCAAGUUUGACAACCCUGAUCUAGUGCCUCAGAAAUAGGUAUAAGAUAUCCAUAUAUAAUUACUGAGAAUUUAAGUGAUAUUUUCAUCUAUUUAAUACAAGCAAUUAUUUUCCUUUAAGGUGAACAAGAGAGUCCAAAGAGAGCAGAAAAAAAAUUAUGUCAAAAAAAAUUAUUGCAGCAUUAGCUUAUGUGUUUGUUUUUAUGUGUAUAUAUCUAUGUGUGUAUUAUGAGUGCAUUAUGGUGCUAUUUUCUAUUUCUUGGCUGAGGGAGCCAACAUUGUCCAAAGACAAUUUCCAUGGUCAUGUGGACAUACAGAACGCUAUUUCCCUCCCACUGAAGUGGUACCUAUUAAUGUACUUGCAUGUGCGUGCUUUCGAACUGCUAAGUGGGCAGGAACUGGGGCAGGAACAGGCGCUUACCUGGUUGUGUGAUACUUGGGUCUCAAACCCAGGCUGUCAACUUUCCAUCUGACAAGCUCAACAUCACUGCGCCAUCGCACCCCCUUAAAAGUGGAAUAUAACAAUAUAAAUACAUUUAUGGUAAAUAUCAACAAAAUGUAUAAAUCCUCCUGUUAUGCUAUUCGCUUUUCUCCUUAGCCAGAUAAGAUUGCUUUUGCAAAAAUAGUUCUGCAAAAAUAGUUUUCACGUAUUGAUAUCUUGAGAAUUAUACUUUAGUUUAUGUUUUAAAUGUACUCAUUUCAAGCACUGUUAAACACAUUCUGAAAUCCAGUGUCCAUUAUAAGCACUGAAAUAAGUAAAUCUGAUAGCAUGAAUGCACAUAUCCUAUCAGCAAAUCUGUUCCUUAGCUCAAUGUUAUAUCAGAGCUACCUUUCCUGAAUGGAUUUUCAUUUUUCUAUGUGACAAAAAGAAACAAUUUAUUACACAAUCUGCACACUUUCCUUAUUUAGAUAAUGCUUUUAAGACAAUACUCUGUACGUUCUCCAAUAAAUCACCUAAAAAUAUCACUUGUCUCAUGAUACUACGAACAAGCAACAAUACACAUACACUCUACAUUAACUGGAAAGUUGAUACAUUUCUUUAAAGAAGAUAUUAAUAACUAAAAUGUUUAAUUCAGUAAGAGAUUAUUAACUGCCUAGGUAUCUUAUGGGCUUUCCUGCUUUUUACUAUUCACACAUCUGAAGUAAGUAGUAAACUGCAACUGAUCUAUACAGCGAGGACUAAAUCUAGUUAGUAAGAGUAGAGUGGAUGAAAGCUCUCGAGAAAUAUCUGGAAAUCUUCAAUAUCUUUCAAGAUCAGUGUAAUUCAACUUUACCUGAUCAAAGGCUGAAACAGGGUACUCAAAACUCUUGUGUUUUAGCAAUAGCAAUAAGAUGAAUAUAUCUCUCCAUAGUGCUUUACAGCACUCUCUGGGUGUUUUACAAUGUCAGCAUAUUACCUGCAACAAUCUGGAUCCUCAUUUUACUGACCUCAGAAGGAUAGAAGGCUAAGAUAACCUUGAGCCCAUUCAGAGUUUGCCUGCAAUACUGUAUUCUAACCACUGUGCCACAGUGUUUUGCUUUCUGACAGUUGAUGGUUGACCUCACCUAGAGUAGGCAUG